GGCGCGCCCAGGCUCUGGGCUCCCACCGCCCGGGCACCCAGCGGCAUCAGCGGGCCCUAAGUUCACGCCCGCUGGGUACUGAGCGGGGGUUUUGUGCCCCAGCCGGCGGCUGGCUCAGGCGAGUUUCUGGAGGAGCGGGAGCAUGUGCGCUUUGUUGAACGGGCCCCAGAGCUGCGGCGCUGUUGAGAGGGCUUGUCUGGCUCCAAAGGGAAUCGCGAGGGAUGCAGGUCUCUGCUGUGCUGGUACAGUGUAAAGGCAUAUUCAGCAGAACCUGGUCUAGCCUAAGAAUUUGCCUAGAAAGUCCAGAAGCACAAGAUGACAGACGAGCCCAUUAAAGAGAUUCUGGGAGCUCCAAAGCAUCCUGAACCCGUAACGAUGGAGAAGAGCAAUAACAAUGACUGUGUGGUAGCCACUGUCCCUUUGGUCAGUGAGUGCCAGCUGACUGCAGCAACUGGAGGAGCGGAGCUGUCCUGUUACCGUUGCACUAUCCCCUUUGGCGUGGUCAUUCUUAUAGCUGGAGUGGUGGUCACCGCUGUGGCGUAUAGCUUCAAUUCCCACGGCUCAAUCAUCUCAGUGUUUGGACUGGUCCUCUUGUCAUCUGGACUCCUCUUGCUGGCUUCUAGCGUCUUGUGCUGGAAAAUCAGGCAACGGCACAAGAAAGCCAAAAGGCGUGAGAGUCAGACAGCGCUUGUGGCGAAUCAGAGAAGCUUGUUUGGUUAGAGACUACCAGGAAAACAUUGAACAGAAGAGCGCUCCCUUAAAACAAAUUUGUCAUAACUGCAGUCGAGAAAAUUAGUCAACACUCAGAUACUAUUGGAAAGGGACCCUGGUGAACAAUCAAGAAAAUAACUUAACCUGAUCUGAUGUGCCAGAAACCUGCUUAAAAAUAAUACUCACUGUGAGGUCUGACCAAGGGAGGAGUUGUAGCAUUUGAACAGAUGACAAAAAAAACCCAUGUGGUAGAUUGCCUUUGACUUGCGUUGUUCUAGGGACAAACAACUGUGAUUGCUCAAUAAGCUGAUGUGAGGAUGGCAGGUCAUUUUGGUUUGUUCCAAUGAGUUAUUGGUGGUACUUUU